ACAGAGGGUGUGAGAGAACUGGAGUGAAAAGUUAACAGUGCAAGAACAGAGGCGAAAAUCGUUACAGAUGGAAAAACAGCGAUGACGAGCUGCCAAACAUCGUUAAAACGCAGUUUUGAAUACCGCGGCUAUCGAUAACACGAAUCUUCGAAAACAUCGAUGUCACCGAUAACACUGUCGAUGUUUCUCCACCUCUAUUUCUCGUAUAAUUCGAUUAAACUAAAUAAUAAACGCGAAUAUAAGUGUAAAAAGCGGUAAAUGCGUAUUUCCGCCUGGUUAUUUCUGUUGCUCAACUGACGCGAACCCGGACAAGUGGUGCGCACUUUAUUUUGGCCAGGCGGCGUGCUUUCCCCGAGCUCUUUUCACCCGUAUUUGGGAAAUGGGCCGCGAUCCGUAGGCGGAAAACGUGGAGAAGGAGAAGAGGAAGGGCAAAGGAAAAGCGGCGAGGAGGAGCGGAGUGCGAGGAGGAAGUGCGAAAAGUGUUUGGGGUUAUGUGCUAGAGUCCCCGCGGGGGGAUUUUCAGCUGCUUGGAUCCGCAGCGGAGACGUAAUCGUUCCGGGAAAUCGCUCGCCGCCCCACGAAAACCAACAAAAGAAGACGACGCAAAACAUCAUGGCAAGUGCCGUUCGCGCUAAGUCCGCCUCUGCCGCGGUCGCCGUCGCAGUCGAGGAGAGCAGCGGCAGCGGCAGCGGCGGCGGUGGCAGCGGUAGCGGCAGCAACGGCAGCGUCGCGGACCAGCAGGUGUCCACCAGCCAGGAGGCGAAGUCAGCCGAAUCGCUUAGCUCGCUCAGUUCGCUCAUUCGCAAGCGGCACGAAAGCUACCUAAGCGGCCGCUGGGACGAUCCCGUGCUGCUGAUAAUGGAGCUCCUGGAGCAGAUCGAGCGCUGCCAGACGGCCGCCCUGGAGGAGCAGAUGGCCAGCAGUCAGCAGGACCUGCGCGAGCUGGUGCGCAGCCUGAAGCGGGAGGACCACUCCCUGCUGCUGAUCACGCAGCACGUCGAGCACAUAUCCGACAUCCUGGCGGCCGACGGCCCGGACCAGUACUCCCUGGGCUGCCUGCGCGACCUGAUCAAGACCAUGCGCCUGGAGUGGCCGCGCGACGACUCGCUGCGCCUGCUGAUGCAGGAGAUCCAGAGCAAGGGCCUGCCGGCCCUGCCGCCGCCGGAGAGCAUAUGCUUCGGGGAGCGCCUGCGCGACGACCGCUGCCCCCUGUCGCUGCAGACCAAGCGGCACAAGGAGCGCAUCCAGGCCAUGCUGUACGAGCGUCAGCCGUGGCGCAUCCGCGAGCGCAUGAAAACGGCCAGCGUGGCCCUGGUGCUGUGCCUCAACAUCGGCGUGGACCCACCGGACGUGGUCAAGAUCCAGCCGUGCUCCCGUUUGGAGUGCUGGAUCGAUCCCAGCUCCGUGUCGCCGCCCAAGGCCAUGGAGCUGAUUGGGAGCAACCUGCAGAUGCAGUACGAGCGCUGGCAGCCGCGCGCCCGCUACAAGAAGUGCCACGAUCCCACCGUGGACGACGUGAAGAAGCUGUGCACCUCGCUGCGGCGCAACGCCAAGGGCGAACGCAUCCUGUUCCACUACAACGGCCAUGGGGUGCCCAAGCCCACGGCCAACGGCGAGAUCUGGGUGUUCAACAAGACCUUCACGCAGUACAUACCGCUGAGCAUCUUCGAGCUGAUCACAUGGAUGUCGGCGCCCUCCAUCUACGUGUACGACUGCUCCAAUGCGGGCAUCAUCAUCAACUCGUUCCAGCCGUACGCCGAGCAGCACGAGCACGAGCUGGAGAAGGCCCUGGCCGCCGCCCAGCAGCGGGGCGGGGUCCAGCAGGUGGCCGGCGGCGGUGGCGGUGGCGCCGCCAAUGCCAGCGCUGCCAACGUGGGCAUCGGCGGCAUCGGCGGCAUCGGCGGCCAGCAGGUGCAGCUGCCCAACCAGCUGGUCAGCUACAAGAACUGCAUACACCUGGCCGCCUGUGCGGCCAACGAGAUUCUGCCCAUGAAUGCCCAGCUGCCGGCGGAUCUGUUCACCAGCUGCCUGACCACGCCCAUCAACAUAGCGCUCAAGUGGUACGCCAUGCAGGAGAAGCUGGGCAUGGUGCCGCGCAUCCAGAGCGAGCUGAUCGACAAGAUACCAGGCAAGGUAAACGAUCGGCGCACCAUGAUGGGCGAGCUCAACUGGAUCUUCACGGCCAUCACGGACACGAUAGCCUGGAACACGCUGCCGCGCGAACUGUUCCAGCGCCUGUUCCGCCAGGACCUGCUCGUGGCCAGUCUGUUCCGCAACUUUCUGCUGGCCGAACGCAUCCUGCGCAGCCACGACUGCACCCCCGUCUCGCUGCCAGCCCUUCCGCCUUGCUACCGCCACCCGAUGUGGAAGGCCUGGGACCUGGUGGUGGACCUGGCGCUGCAGCAACUGCCCGAGAUCCUCGACCACAAUGCCCCGUACCGCCAGCUGCCGUUCUUCGAGCACCAGCUCACGGCCUUCCAGGUCUGGCUGGACAGCGAGUCGGAGUCGCGAACGCCGCCGGAGCAGCUGCCCAUUGUGCUGCAGGUGCUGCUGUCGCAGGUGCACCGCCUGCGGGCCCUGGAGCUGUUGGCCCGCUUCCUGGACCUCGGCCCCUGGGCCGUCAAUCUCGCCCUGGGCGUGGGCAUCUUCCCGUACGUGCUGAAGCUGCUGCAGAGCUCGACGCGCGAACUGCGACCCGUGCUGGUGUUCAUCUGGGCCAAGAUCCUGGCCGUGGACCCCAGCUGCCAGGUGGACCUGGUCAAGGAGUACAAGUACUUUCUGUCCGUGCUGCAGGACACCGCCGUCUCCAAGGAGCACCGCACGCUCUCCGCCUUCGUGCUCUCCUCCAUCGUGCACAACUUCCUGCUGGGCCAGACGAGCGCCCUGCAGGGCCCGCUGCUCUCCAUCUGCCUGGAGCAGCUGAACGACGGCAGCUGGCUGCUGCGCCAGUGGCUGGCCAUCUGCCUGGGCAUGCUGUGGCAGAACUUCGAGAAGGCGCGCUGGUCGGGUGCCCGCGACCUGGCGCACGAGAAGCUCUACGUCCUGCUGCGCGACGCCAUUCCGGAGGUGCGGGCCGCCGCCGUCUUCGCCCUGGGCACGUUCAUCAGCUCGGUGACGGACCGCAGCGAGGAGCAGGCGAACAACAUCGAUCGCAUCAUUGCCAUCACCAUGCUGGAGACCGUGGGCGAGGACAUGUCGCCGCUGGUGCGCAUGGAACUGGCCGCCGCCCUGCAGUGGAUGGUCCUGCUCUUCGAGUCGCAGUUCGUGGCCGUCUACCUGGCGGAGCAUAUGCGCGGCCACGCCUCCGCCGCCGCCGCCGCUGCCGCCUCGUUUGUGAUGUGCGGCGAUCCGCGGGAUCUGACCUCCUCCACGCACAGCCUGGAGCGGCACGUGACCAUGCGGCGGGGGGCCAGCUCCAGUUCGAUAUCCAACAUGGGCGGAGCCUCGACCGCCAGCUCGGCAGCGGGCUCGUCCGGCGGCAACACCCUGGGUCGCUCCAAGAGUGGCUCCGGCGCCAGCUCGGGCGGCCGAGGAGCCGGCGGCACUGCGGCGGGCACCAACAGCAUACCCUUCCAGUCGAUCUUCACCAAACUGUGGCUGGGCAUCUGCAACCUGGCCCAGGAUCCGUUUCCCCGCGUGGCGGCCAUUGCCCAGGAGAUCGUGGACCACGUGCGGGACACCGCCCUCUGCCCCAUCAUGGCCGCCAAGGAGGCCACCAUGGCCACGGCCUCGGAGAAGUGCAGCAGCCUGAGUGUCAGCCUGCCGCCCAGUCCGAACACACGGGUCAACUACCUGGGUGGCGGCGGCGGAGGAGGAGGAGGCGGCGGCGGCGGAGCAGGAGCGGCCGGAGAAUCGCCGCCCGUGGGAGCAGCUGCCUCGGGCGCCAGUCAUUGGGCCCAGAAGUUGCGGCUCUCGGGCAGCGGCGGCGGCGGCGGCGGCGGCGGCGAUCCGCAGGCCAUUCUGCAGCGCAAGCUGCGCACCAGCUCCAUCAACGACGAGACUGACAGCGGCGCACCCGCCUAUUCCCGGGGAGCGGCAGGCGCCGGAGGCCUGGGCCUGCCCAGCGGACCGCGGGAGAGCACCCAUUCGGCGCGCAGCAGCGGCAGCGAGAGCAACCAGUACUUGGAGCCGGGCCACAGCCUCACGCCCAUCGUGCUCACGGAGUUCAUCCCGUGGGCCAUCUCCUAUUUCACGCGGCCGGGCAAGGAGCGCUACAGCAGCGCCGAGGGAGCGGCGGAGGAGGGACGCCAGCGCUUCCCGGUGGACCGCAACUCGGCGGAGCUGCGGCGCCGCAGGUCGCGCUUCCUGCGGAACGACUUCGUGCGCCGGCAUGCGCGGCGCCAGCAGCAGGAGCAGAGCGACCGCUUCGGCUACGAUGUGUGCGUGUGGAACCGCAAGACACAGUUCACGCCCUCCAUCGUCAAGCUGCUGCCGUACGAGCCGCAGAUAGCGGUGGCCUACCGCGAUAAGGUCCUGGUCUACGACUUCCAGUACAACUCGGUGCGCACCUACGGUGCCGAGGCCCUGGGCGGCGUCAGCACCACGGGCUCCAGCUCGGGCUAUGGAUCCGGUUCGGGCUCGUCCUCUUCGCUCAACGGCAGCACUCCGCGCAAGUCGGGACUGCCAACCGGAGGAGGUGGCUCAUCCGCCGCCGCCGCCGCCGCCCCCUUUGCCCGCGUGAGCAGCAUCGAGUUCAUCAACGCCCAGGACAUGGCCCUCAAUCUGGUGGCCCACGAGGACGGGGUGGUGCGUGUGUGGCAGUCCUCCUCGCCGCCCACCACCAGCGGCAGCUCAGGCUCCGAAGAUGCGCCCAGCAAGGCUCGCCUGGUGACCGCCUGGACGGCCCUGGGUCAGGUGAAUCAGCAUGGCUACCGCCAGCGCAGCGGUGGAAGCAUUGGCAAGGGAGCAGGCGCGGGAUCAGAUGCGAUGAGCAGUGGAAGCGGCGGCUGCGGGAGCAUCGUGACCGCCUGGCAGCAGUGCAGCCAGCACCUGGUGAUAGGCGGCGGCGGCUGUCGCUUCGUGCGCAUCUGGGACGUGGAGCGGGAGCUGAAGCUCGCCGAUAUUCCGCUGGGACGCAGCGAGGCGUGCGUCCGGGUGCUGGCACCCUACCUGCCCAACAUGCGCUCCGACGUGAUCCUCGCCGGCUGCGACGACGGCAGCGUGCUGCUGUUCGACAAGCGCUGCUCGCCGCAGGACGCCCGCAUCUCGGUGCUGCGGCGCCACAGUGCGCCGCUGCUGCACGCCAGCCUGCGGGCCAACGAGACGGUCCUGGUCUCCGGCUGCACCGAGGGACGGAUCAGCGUGUCGGACUUGCGGGCCACCCAAUCGCAGUUUGGCAGCGGCGUGGGCGUAGGCGUGGGUGUGGGCGUGUGCGAACGCGUGCUGCACGAGUGGGAGGCGGGCGGGGAUGUGACGGCCAUUGCCAGUCACCAACUGGCGGACACGGUGGCAUGCGGCAACGCCUCCAAGAUCGGCAUCUACUCGCUGGACGGACGCGUGCAGAAGGUGCUGCGCACGAACGAGGGCUUCAUCGGGCCCAAGAUCGGCCAUCCCACCUGGCUGUCCUUCCACGCCUACAAGGUGCAGCUGGCGGUGGGCUUUGUGGACAACACGGUGGCCAUCUACAGCCCCACGCCAGUUCUAUAAGGGCUGUGGCAAGUGGAAAACAGACGUCGAUAAGAAUCCCGAAACCUUGGUCAACGCACGCAGGUUCCUCGCGGAGCCGCAGAUGCAGUCAGCAGUGGAGCAGGUGCG